UCAAGCAAUUAUCUACCGCACAAUGAUCGUCAUCAAAAAACGUUUUAUAAUAGUUGUUAUUUAUUUUGCCAUUCUAGUUAUGCUAUAUUUGGUUAUGUUUAGUGGACGAAGUAAAAGUGACUUUGGUGACCACAAACCUACCAAAUUAGUUGAAAAUUCCCCAGAUUUGGGGACUCUAGCCAAGGUAAAAAAAAUCACCAAGUGUUUAGACAAACCAAUAGUGUCCCAAACCGUCCAAAAAGGCAAAUUUUUCGUAUUGUCCAAUUACGUGGUGGCUUCAAAUCGCUUCAAAUGCCACGAAAGCAUCACAGUAACAACACAAGGCGACUUUACUUUCAUCGAAAAUUUGCUACCAUUGGUGGAGAGAUGGGAGGGGCCGAUCAGUGUCGCCUUGUACGCCCCUGGAACAGAUUUCCAACGCACCCUUGACUCGAUUCGGUAUUUACGAGAUUGCACCAACAAACUCAUUAGAAAAUUUGUGACGUUUCAUAUUUUUUUCGACAUGGAUCAUACCCCGGAAACGGUUUCCUGGCCUGUUGAAGCCUUCGACUGUGAACAAAACCCCCCGUUUCGUGAAAUUUCCACGUACAAAAACGAAAAGGGGUUGGUUUACCCCAUCAACGUAGGCCGUAAUGUGGCACGGGAAAUGGCCACAACCCACUUUGUUUUAGCCCUGGAUAUUGAACUGUUACCGAAUCCCGGAUUUAUCCCGAAAUUCCUGGACAUGAUUGCCCGGGAUGAACCACCGCUUGACCGGCCGUACCCCCGCGUGUUCCCCUUGCCGGUUUUUGAGGUAAAAUCCGGGGAAAAAAUCCCGGAAAAUAAGACACAACUCCGGGAAAUGUUGGACAAAAACCUGGCGGUUUAUUUCCACAAGGAGAUUUGCUACUCUUGUCACAAAAUCCCCAAAUUUGAAAAAUGGAAACAACUAAACGAAUCGCAAAAUUUUGGGGUUUUUCGAGUCGCGAAGAGGAUCCACGAGCACAAACAUUGGGAACCUUUUUAUGUCGGUACCAAUUUGGAACCACUGUAUGACGAAAGGCUGAGUUGGGAAGGGAAAAGGAAUAAAAUGACAAAUGGGUUCAUUUUGUGUGUGCUUGAUUACGAUUUGAUGGUUCUGGAUAACGCCUUUUUGGUACACAGUCCGGGAAUUAAGGAAAAAUCCGGGAAAACUAGAAAAAAGAGCAAAUUAGUGAAAGAAACUGAUAGGCUUAUCGAAGAACGAAUUUUGCCAGAAAUGAAAAUUUUGUACGGGUUUAAAGAAGGCUGUGUUGUAUGAUUUCCUGGAAUAGGGAUUUCAGGUUUUUACAAUAAAUUUUAAUCAACUUUUUAUCAUUUU